AUGGACAUCAUCUGUGUGGAGCUGACCUGCGUGCCUCUGCACACUGACCAGCAGCUCUCUCAAGCGGACGCAGAGCACACUGAAGUGAAAGCAGGCGCUCAGCCCACUCGGGAGACUCGUCCCACCGUGAGACGCUUCUCCUGGAGGUUCCCAGGCCUCAAACACAAGGUCUCUGUCCACCGCGAGCUCUGCAGCCGGGCUGCCCUCCUCUCCCGCGACGCCGGCCGCAGGGGCCCCGCGUCCACCGGAGAAACAAAGUCGGGCGCGGGCGGCCGGGCGGCCGGGCGGGCGGGCGGCGGGUCCGAGAAAGUAUGCAAAUGCCGCGCCCCGGGGCGAAAGUGCGGGUGUCACCUCCGGCGAGGGGGGGGGGGGGGCUGGGCGGCUCGCCACCACGACGAAACCACCCCAGCGCCCGGGGGCGGCGGGCAGGGCCGGCGGGGACCGGGCUGCGACCCCCGGCGGGGACGCGGGAGCGGGCGCGGGCGCGGGCCCCUCGGCGGCCCCGGACUCCACGACGCGCGCCGGGCCCUUCCGGUCCGGGUCCCCGGCGCACGGCGGCCGGCGGCGGGGAGCGCUUGCACCCGAGCGCGGGGAUCCGCGGCCUACCCUCGCAGCGAGCGGCUCUCCGGGCCGGGCGCCGGCGCCUCCUCCGGCCGGGCCCCGGGACCCGCGGCGGACCCCGGACGGGCGGCGGGAGCCUCCUCGGAGGCCGCGGACACCCGGGAGCCCCCCGAGCGACGGGCCGCCCCUCCCCCACCGGCCCGGCCCGGCCCGGCCCGACCCGGCCCGGCCCAACGGUCGCGGCGAUGCGGGGCCCAACCGGCGGCCCGAGGCGGCGCGGCGAGCAGCCCCCACACGCUCCCUCCCCCGCGCGGCCCGCGGCUGCCGGUGGCGCCCUGGUCCGGGCUGCGGCGGGAGGCCGCGGGGCUGAUACUCACUCGGGGGUCGGGUGCUCGGGGUCGUAGAAGUCCCCCAUGCUGGCGGGCGGCGGCGGCGGCGGCUGCUUCAUGCGGGGCGGCCCGAGCCCCCUCCCCGCGGCCGGGCGACGCGAGCGGGAGCGGGAGCGGGUGGGGAGGAGGCCGCUGGUCCGACCGCGGCGGCGGCCCGCGUCUCGCCGCUCCUCCUCCUGCGUCCUCCGGCGCCCGCCCGCCCCUCCGCCCGCCCGCCCGCCCGUCCGCCCGCCCGUCCGCCCGCCUCUCCCCUCGCUCGGCCGCGCUCCCCGCCCGCCGCCCGCCGCCCGCCGCCCGCCCGCCCCCGGCCGCACAGGCCCGGCCCCUUAAAGGCGCCGCGCGGCCAACCACCCGCCGCCGGAUCCCGCCGGGGGCCGCCCGGAACAAUGAGCCCCGGACCCGCAGAGGCGGCGCCCCGCGACCCUCCUCCGCCUCGUCCCCGCCCUCCCCGGGCCGCCGGAGGCUCGGGCGGGAGGACGUCGGUCGGGGAGCCGCCGGGGAGCCGCCGCCACCCCGCCCGCGCCGCCGCUUCGCCCCCGCCAGGCCCGGCCCCGCACCCCUCCGACCGACCUGCGGGGACCCCCCCCCCGUCCCGCGAGCUUCCCCGCCCCCGCGGGCAGCGCCCCCAGCAGAGCUCCGAGGCCAAGACACGCACCGGAACGCGGGGCGGCGCGGCGCGGCCAGGAGGGAGACCCCAGAGCCGGCCGCCCCGAGCUUGCUGGCGGGGGAGGCCCGCGGUGCGGGCCGGGCGGCGCGGCGGGGCGGGGCGGGGCGGGCCGGGCCGGGCGGCGGGGGCCUGAUUGCGGGAGGCGACCCACGGUGCGGGGCGGGCGGCGGGGGCCUGAUUGCGGGAGGCGACCCACGGUGCGGGGCGGGCGGCGGGGGCCUGAUUGCGGGAGGCGACCCACGGUGCGGGGCGGGCGGCGGGGGCCUGUCUGCGGGGGAGACCCACGGCGCGGGGCGGGCGGCGGGGGCCUGUCUGCGGGGGAGACCCACGGUGCGGGGCGGGCGGCGGGGGCCUGUCUGCGGGGGAGACCCACGGCGCGGGGCGGGCGGCGGGGGCCUGAUUGCGGGAGGCGACCCACGGCGCGGCGCGGGGCGGGGGCCUGACUGCGGGAGGAGACCCACGGCGCGGCGCGGGGCGGGGGCCUGUCUGCGGGGGAGACCCACGGCGCGGCGCGGGGCGGGGGCCUGUCUGCGGGGGAGACCCACGGCGCGGCGCGGGGCGGGGGCCUGUCUGCGGGGGAGACCCACGGCGCGGGGCGGGCGGCGGGGCAACCUCACCUGCAGCGGCCUGGCGGCGGGGGCGCGGGGCCCGAGCAUGUGGACGACCGCCCGGGACGCGGGGUGGGUGGGGCCGGGGGAGGGGCUGGGGGUGCGGGGUGGGGCCCCGGAUCCGGGUUCGUGCCCUCAGGCCGCCAGCACGCGGAGCCCUGGGGACUGGAAAACAGAAUCCUCGGCUCUUGUUUACAGCCGCUCAAACUUUGGCUUUAGCAGCCCGGACUAA